CUGCUUGUUUUGACAACGUGAGCGCUGACGAAAUGAGAGGGGGGGAGCACAUCAAUCCCUUUCCUCUCUCGCCUUUUGUACCUCGUCUUCUUUGGCCCACCUCCGUUCUUUUUCACUUCUCAGUACCACUUCCAAUCUAUAAAUGGGAUGCAUUUCUUUGAUUUUGUGGAAAACUGAAGAUGCGGCAAUUAUUAUUGCUGUGUCAAAAUCGGAUUUUCCUUUGUGAGCUUGUCUUAUUCGGUUGUUUCUUCUGUUACGUCUCUCUUUCUUUCUUUCCUCUUUUUUAUUUUAAUGGAAUCACGUCUCUGGAAUCACCGGUUGGUCUGAUGACCCCUAAAAUGUGACCGAGUUUUCCUCCAAAUUUCCUGCGGAUAAAGUGAUUCAAUGAACUAACAGGAAUCUUGCACGAAGUAAGGGGAAAUUGAGAUGAAAUUUGAUAUUUCUUGUCUUGUAUAAUUGCAACCAUGACUCAGUGAACAUUUCCAAAUGAAAGUGGCAAUUGAAUUCUGGCUCGGUUGAUUACACAAGUUUGAGCAUGAGUUAUAUAUCUUCGAUUUGUUACAGAAACGAGAACUGAUUCUCACUACUGUAAUGACAUAAAUUAUGUUAUGUUUUGAGAUGUUACACAGAGAUUUCAUUGACCCUCCACAGAAAUUGGACCAGACAUUUUGAAUUCAAAGGCAAAGUCUGCUGCAAAAUUGAAAACCAAAAGUGCUUCAUGUCCUGCGCUGGUUCAGAUUAAAAUUCGUAUUCCUUAUUUGAAAGGAAAGCAGCUUCAAGCUCUGGAGUUUUAAGCUUGUGUCUGGUGCUAUGUUUUGGGUACAAUUCCAUGGAGGACUCCCAUGAAGAAAGAUAAUAUGAUGGUUUUAUUUUGAGUCCCCGAAAGUAGCACUCGAGUUGGAAAGCUUUAAACUGCUAGGCUAGCAGGUUCCUCUCAAGAAUCAGAGAUUUGUAUAUUUAUAUUCUGAAGUAUGGAGAUGUGUUUGUUAAUUGUUACUGGAAUCAGGAGGCCAUGAUCAUUGGAAUCAGGUCUUGGUCACUAUUUUUAGUAAUAAAUGAUUGCUCAAUAGAGAGAAGGAACAGAGGACAAGCGAUGGACAUUCUCACAGGUAUCUGGGUUGCCUUCUGUGGGGAACUAAAUCCUUUAAGCACUGAAAAGAAAUAUGGGCAGUCAUGCAAUUUGGGGUUUUCUGGCUGUGCAAUUGCAACCAAUUCUGGUUCUUCAUUAUGCAUCAAGCAUGGUUUGAUCCUCUUUGUGGAUGCAGUGCUGUUGCUCAUGUACGUGUUCCAUUUUGUUCAUAAGAAACCAAUACCACUAGGAGCACUCUCUGGCUUUCGGAGCUUCUCUCCCUCGCAAAAAUUUACUGCCACAUUUAUUGCUAUAUUGGGUUUUUCUUACAUGGCUUUAGGAGGAUGGAGCCUUACAGAAAAUAUGAGAAAGGGGAAGAUUUUACCGUUCCACCAGUGGCUGGUUCUGUUAGUUCAAGGCUUCACAUUGACAUUAGUUGGACUGACAGCGAGUCUAAAGGCUAAAAGGCUUGCAAAAACCUUCUUAAGAAUUUGGUCCAUCGUUGUGUUAUUAUUUGCAGGAUUUCUUUGCAUCUCAGCUAUUGUGAACCACAUGAUUUCUGGAGAAUUUUCACCAAGUAAUGUUUUGGACGUAAUUUCUUUACCAGGAGGCUUGUUAUUGUUUAUUUGUGCUAUUAAGGGAUCUGGAGAAUCUGGCCAAGACACUGCUUCUUACAUGCCCUUAAACAAUGGUCCUAUUGGAAAGGUUGAAUCUCACUUGGAAGAGUCUGUAACCUCUAUUGCCAGAGCUGGGCUUCUUAGUCGGAUGACAUUCUGGUGGCUGAAUCCAUUGAUGAAGAAAGGGCGGCAAAAGUCUCUAGAAGAGAAGGACAUGCCUGAAUUGAGCCUUGAAGAUCAGGCAGGGAGCUGUUAUGAUGUCUUUACAGAGGAACUGAACCAAAGAAAACAUAUGAAACUAUCUGGUUCGCCAUCUAUAUUUUGGGUACUUGUGUUCUGCAACCGUAAAGAGAUGUUAGUGUCUGGGUUGUUUGCUUUGCUCAAGAUACUUACGCUCUCAUCAGGUCCACUUCUUCUUAAUGCUUUCAUCAAGGUUGCUGAAGGAGGUGAGAUUUUUAGAUAUGAGGGUUUUAUAUUGGCUUUCUCUCUCUUCUUUGCUAAGGUCUUGGAGUCCAUAUCGCAGAGGCAAUGGUAUUUUCGUACCAGAAGGAUUGGUCUCAAACUCAGAUCCGUGCUUUCAGCAGCUGUUUAUCAAAAGCAAUUGAGGCUCUCAAAUGAGGGAAAACUUAUGCAUUCAGCAGGCGAAAUAAUGAACUAUGUAACUGUGGAUGCAUAUAGGAUUGGGGAAUUUCCAUAUUGGUUUCAUCAGACAUGGACCACAAGCCUCCAAAUUUGCAUCGCAUUAGCAAUUCUCUUGAAUUCAGUAGGACCCGCAACAAUUUCUGCUUUGGUUGUGAUAGUACUCACCGUGCUUUGUAACUCUCCUCUGGCAAAACUUCAGCAUAAGUUUCAGACCAAGCUUAUGAUGGCACAAGAUGAGAGGCUGAAAGCCAUGACUGAGGCUUUUUUUAACAUGAAGGUGCUCAAGCUUUAUGCAUGGGAGACCCAUUUCAGAUUGGUCAUUGAAGCCUUGCGGAAAGUUGAAUACAAGUGGUUAUCGGCAUAUCAGAUGAGGAGAGCUUACAAUAGUUUCCUCUUUUGGGCUUCUCCUGUUUUGGUUUCUGCGGCUACCUUUGGCACAUGCUAUCUGCUUCGAGUUCCUCUCUACCCUAGUAAUGUUUUUACUUUUGUUGCAACUCUUCGCCUUGUUCAGGACCCUAUACGAAUGAUUCCUGAUGUUAUUGGCACUGUUAUCCAAGCCAGGGUUGCAUUAACACGAAUUAUAAACUUUCUGGAGGCUCCUGAGCUGCAAAAUGGAUUUAUCAAGAGGAAGUUUGAGGAUACAUCUGAGCAUGCGAUUGUCAUUGACUCUCCUGCUCUUUCGUGGAAGAGGGAUUUGUCAAAGCCUACACUUCGGAAUAUAAACCUAUGUAUUCAUUUUGGUCAAAAAGUUGCAAUUUGUGGAGAAGUUGGUUCUGGGAAGUCGACUCUUUUAGCAGCAAUUCUUGGAGAGGUCCCCAACAUUGAGGGCAGAAUGGAAGUUGGUGGAACAGUAGCAUAUGUUUCUCAAACAGCAUGGAUACAAAGUGGCACCAUACAGGAGAAUAUUCUAUUUGGAUCUCCAAUGUGUAAGGAAAAAUACCAAGUCGUUAUUGAGAAGUGUUCAUUGCUGAAGGAUCUCGAGAUGCUUCCGUUUGGUGAUCUCACAGAGAUUGGAGAAAGAGGUGUCAACCUUAGUGGAGGUCAGAAGCAGCGGAUCCAACUUGCUCGUGCCGUGUAUCAGGAUGCAGAUAUCUACCUUUUAGAUGACCCAUUCAGUGCUGUUGAUGCUCAUACAGCUACGGGCCUAUUUAAUGAAUGUGUCAUGGGAGUUCUAUCAAUGAAGACUAUCCUUCUCGUCACUCACCAGGUUGAUUUGCUGCCUUCCUUUGAUACCAUACUGUUAAUGUCAGAUGGUGAAAUUCUCCGGGCUGCUCCUUACCAAGAAUUAUUAUCCAACAGUAGAGAAUUUCAAGACCUUGUUAAUGCACACAAGGACACAUUGGAUUCUCAAAAAAUCCAUGCAGGUUCUUCUCCCCGGAAAUUUGAUUCUAUCACCUCAGGAAAAGAAACGAAGAAGGAAUACAUGAAUAAUCAACCAUUGGGUAAGGCCUCAGAAAGUAAUCAAUUGAUCAAAGAGGAGGAGAAGGAGACGGGAGACACAGGCCUGAAGCCUUACAUGCAAUAUCUGAAUCAGAACAAGGGCUUUUUGUUCUUUUCUUUGGCUGCCCUCUCUCAUAUCGCAUUUGCUAUUACCCAGGUCUUGCAAAAUACAUGGAUGGCUGCUAAUGUUCAGAAUUCCCUAGUGAGCACUUUGAGGCUCAUUUGUGUAUACUCUGCAAUUGGAGUCACUGGUGCUGUAUUUUUGUUGCUUAGAUCAAUUUUUGUGGUUACUCUGGGUCUGCAAUCAUCAAAGUCUUUGUUUACUCAGUUUCUGAUCUCUGUCUUCCGUGCACCAAUGUCAUUCUUUGAUUCCACACCUCUGGGAAGGAUAUUGAGUCGAAUCUCCUCAGAUUUGAGUAUCGUCGACCUUGAUGUACCCUUUAGUUUAACCUUCUCUGUCUCAGCUACUACAAAUAUGUAUUUUAAUCUUGGAGUAUUAGCUUCUGUUACCUGGCAAGUAUUGUUUGUUUCUAUACCUAUGGUGUACUUGACCAUUUGUUUGCAGAGGUACUACUUUGCUUCAGCUAAAGAUCUAAUGAGGAUGAAUGGAACAACAAAGUCUCAGAUAGCAAAUCAUCUCUCUGAAUCUAUAUCAGGAGCAAUUAUAGUAAGAGCCUUCGGGGAGGAAGAUCGAUUCUCUAAAAAGAAUUUGUAUCAUAUAGACAAGAAUGCAAGUCCAUUUUUUCACAACUUUGCGGCGAGCGAAUGGUUAAUUUUUCGUUUGGAGUUGCUGAGUGCCAGUGUUCUUUCAGCCUCUGCCCUUGCCAUGGUGUUGCUGCCUUCAGGAACUUUCAGCUCGGGCUUUAUUGGGAUGGCUUUGUCUUAUGGCCUCUCCUUGAAUAUGUCCCUUGUUGGCUCUAUUCAAAAUCAGUGCAUUCUGGCGAAUCACAUUAUUUCUGUUGAAAGAAUCAACCAGUACAUGCACAUCCCCAGUGAAGCCCCGGAAGUAAUAGAAGGAAUCCGGCCAUCUCCUGGGUGGCCCAAUCUUGGCAAGGUGGAAAUCCAAGACCUAAAGAUCAGGUACAGACCCGACACACCUCUUGUUCUUCGGGGAAUUACCUGUACAUUUGAAGGAGGACAUAAGAUAGGGAUAGUUGGUCGAACUGGCAGUGGAAAGACAACCCUCAUCAGUGCCCUGUUUCGGUUGAUUGAACCAGUAGGGGGUAGGAUACUUGUAGAUGGCCUCGACAUCUCCAAAAUUGGUCUUCACGAUUUAAGGUCACAUUUUGGAAUCAUUCCUCAAGAGCCAACUCUUUUUCAUGGCACUGUGCGCUACAAUUUGGAUCCAUUAUCAGAACACUCUGAUCAGGAAAUUUGGGAGGUCUUGGGCAAGUGCCAACUUCGUGAAACUGUUCGAGACAAAGAAGAUGGCUUGGAUGUGCUAGUUUUGGAGGAUGGCUCCAACUGGAGCAUGGGUCAACGACAAUUGUUUUGCUUGGGGCGUGCAUUGCUAAAGAGAAGCAAGAUAUUGGUUCUAGAUGAAGCUACUGCAUCAAUUGACAAUGCAACAGACUCGAUCCUCCAAAGGACAAUACGUGAGGAAUUUGCUGACUGCACCGUCAUCACUGUUGCUCACAGAAUCCCGACUGUUAUGGACUGCACAAUGGUUCUUGCCAUCAGUGAUGGAAUUCUUGUGGAAUAUGAGGAGCCAUCAAAGCUGAUGCAACAAGAAGGCUCACUUUUCAGAGAGCUUGUCAAGGAGUACUGGUCUCACAUGGGAACUUCUAACUCACUGUAGAAUAUAUUUAGCCACAUCCACUUCAAGAAUGAGGGAGACAGAAGCAUCUGUAAUCAUAAACAGAGUUGUAAAUAUAUUAACUCCGUUUUUUGGAGUAUCUCUUCCCCCAUACGUAUGCAAAUACAUUAACUCUUUCUCUA